AUGAGUGUGCUAAUAGAAACCACUAUUGGCGAUGUAGUGGUCGAGUUGGAUUGCAAAAGUUUCCAGAUUGAGUCUUAUAACUUCCUCAAGUUAUGCAAAUCAAAUGUUUACCAAUAUCAAUGCCUAUACAACAUUCAUAAAGAUAGACUUGUUGAAUUUGGUAAUCCUUUGGUAGGCUUUGAAGAUAGAAAAGAACUAAGGGUUCAUAACACUUCAAUUGAAGGGGUGCUUCGAUCACAUCAUCUUGACGAGAUACGACCAGAAUUGAUUAAAACGACCAAAGAUCCCGCCGACCAAGAUAAUGGGUUUUUACAGGUGCGUAAGGGUCGCUUAGGCAUGAAGAUUUCGCGUCAGCCCAAUGGCUCUCUGACGUUGAUUGGCUCUCAAGCGCUCUUGACCCUCAAUGACGAUAGGGAAGAGUUUCAAGACAUUAUCUUCUUUGGAACUGUACUCCAAGAUUCCAUCAAAACGCUGGAUUUCAUUAAUGCAAUGGCUGUCGAUAGUACUCGACGGCCUCUCGUCGACGUAAGGAUACGCAAAAUGCAUGUUAUUCACGAUCCAUUUCCUGAUCCACCUAAUCUCCACACUUUGAACAUCACAGUACCAUCAAAGGAUGUUCGGUUGCCUGAGGACGUUAUAAAGACAUUCCAUCUAGAUCCCGAGAAGCAGGAGAUUCAUUCAUACAUUAGAAGGAAGGAACUGUCAUUGGAAAUAAUGGGUGAUGUGCCUGGUGUUGGGAUAAAACCUUCUGAAAGAGUACUUUUCAUUUGCAGGUUGAAUCCUUCGACGAAGGCAAAAGACAUAGCUACAAUAUUCCACCGAUUUGGUGAAGUUCAUUCGGUAGAGAUAGUUAGGGACAAAGAAAGUGGUCGCUCACUCUGUUAUGGUUUUAUCGAGUUCAACGACCGCAAAGCUUGCGAAUCUGCCUAUAAGAAUAUGAACGGUGUAUUAAUCGAUGACAAGCGGAUUAAAGUAGAUUUUAGCCAAAGUCUUAGUAGGAAUCAAAGACGCUAG